GAUUGGGCAUCACUGGGAAGGACAUGAUGGUAUUGUGGUAGGUCGAAACAAGACUCAAUAAACUCAGGGUUGGCUUUAGGCCUUUGCCACUCGCGCCCACUCCCUCAACGGACGCGACGUGACGCGCCGAAUUACUUCCUUGGAAAAUACGAGCGAUGUCGGACCAACUAUGUCUUUCAAAACACGCACUGCAUAGCAUCGACCUGAAGCUGGCCGAGCUCCAGGCCCAGAAGGAUGCCAUAGCGGGCUCGAUCACGUUCCCCAUAUUGUCGCUCCCGGUCGAAAUCACAGCGCUCAUUUUCACACACUGCCUCCCCGACGACCCGCUCGAAUCCGGAUCCGAAUUCCCCGCGCUCGUCCUUAGCGCCGUCUGUGGGGACUGGAGGGAGAUCGUGCUCGCACGCGCGCUUUUCUGGAGUUCCUGGUCGUUAGAUAUCGACCGGCCGGGCGGGGCGCGGGAUACCGCGUUCAUACAGACGUGGUUGCGGAGAGCGCGGUCGAAUCUCAUCAACGUACGGCUUUAUCAUCGUGAUUGUCCGGGCCAAGACGACGAGUGGAUUGACGAUCCAUGGUGGGACCGCGUGAAUGAGCGUUUGCCCGCUGCUCUCGACGUCGUGUUUGGACUGCGGGAACGAUUGGAGAGUCUUGAAAUAUCAUUCCCAUUAUCGACAUUGGCCAGAUAUCUCCCUGACGAAGUCCCAGCCGACGGGUUCCCUGUCCUGAAACGGUUAGUGCUUGGGUCUGCGGCUGAAGCUGAGGGUGGAGGGAACCUCGCAGACCACGAACACUUUCCGAUCACAUACUUUCGAGUAGCGCCCAAGUUGGAGUGUGCCACCCUGAUCAGAAGCGAGGAUUGCACCUUUCUUGACCUCUUCUUCAUCGAACUUCCCUUCGAGCAACUGAUGGACUUUGAAGGCGCGAUGUUCAGUGCGUCGGGUGCGCUGGAAGUGCUUCGAACGACACCAGAUCUUGUUCAGGCGACGUUCCAUCUUACGCGAGGAUCGCCUCUGUCACGGGGGGAGCCUUUCCUUCUCGCUCGAAUGAUUUCCUUGUCGCUUUGGUCUGCCGGGACGGGCGCAAGUCCCACUGACGUGCUUGAUUACCUUGUUCUGCCAGACUUGAAGCUGCUCGCGAUGGGUAAAGAGACCCAGCCGAACGUUGAGCACCAGCCGUCCGUCGUAGAAAGCCUGGUCGAGCGGUCGGGUUGCUCCAUCACCCAUCUUAGUCUGGCGUCGUGGCCAGCGCGGUCUGUUAUGUACACCCUUCUCCAUCUUCCGUCUCUCGAAAAUCUGGACCUCCACGAAUACACGCAACCGCAAGCGGAGGAAGUUCUGCGAGCGCUCGCGUGCUGGAUGAACGACACUUCCGCAGAGAGUAACCACCUCGGAACCCGAUUGACUUGUUUCGCGCUACAUUGCGAACGGCGGCGCUUCGAUCGGCAGUUCUCGUACAAAGCUAUGCUGGAUUUCCUCUGCACUGCGACCGACCGACCGGAGGGUGUGUUGACACUGAGGUCUUUCGAGAUGGAGUGGACGGGGAUAUUUCCGCCGGCUGGACCCAACCGAGAUGUCCUGAGCAAGCUGAGGGGCUUGAAUGCACUUGGCGUAAACAUAGACUUGCACCCGUUUGAUAUCCACUCAGAGUAGCUAUUGGUUGGGAGCUGCAAACAUCAUCUAGUCCUUCACAUUGUCCAAGCCCACUUCGGCCGAAGCCCCGAACUGAUCAGAUCAUCACUCCCACUGUUCAGAGAAACGACACCAUCUCUAAAGAAGUUUCAACCCAGGUGAAGUGCUGUGGACGGUCUCCAUCGCCGACAACUACGCCAACGUUGAAACCCAUGCAUCCUGCUCCAAGCCAUCUUUCAAAGUGCAACCAACGUUCCCUGAUUCACGUGCGUCCGAUCAAGACACGUUCUUCGCGAUAAGGCCAAUCUCCCUCCGAUUGAAUGUCGCUCUUCGCUAUAAGCAGUCUUGGAGACUCUCGACCCAUCCCUUUCUCGUUCCCUAACGGCUAUGCGACCUAUCGGCCCGAGUGCCUCACUCGCCGGAACCGUCGUUUCAGGUCCAAACAGCCCACGAGCGCCCCGAAAAGGCAAGAAUAGAAGUCGAGAAGGGCGAGGAACGGUCCCAGAUUCGGAUCAUCAUCAGGCCUGCUUCCAGCUUUCGUCUAUAAGAUCAGCUGCGUUGAUUGACGCGUGCGUGCCCCCGCCCUUUCUGUCUGCACCCGUUUCUCUCCUGUCUGUCUCUUUUCGCAUCUUACGACGGACCUCCCAGGCCAGACAUGACGAUGGACACGACCAUGGCCGUGGAACAGCCCAUCGAGCCACUCCGUGUAGCGAUUGUCGCCGAGAACUUCCUCCCCAAGAUCGACGGGUCGACUAUCACCCUCGCGCACCUCCUGGAGCAUAUGCAGGCCGUCGGCAUCGAGGCCAUGCUCUUCGGGCCCGAGAGCGGGAUGGAGGAGUACGCCGGCGCGAAGUUGUUCGGGACCUACGGUGUUCCUCUCAAAGUGUACCCUGGCCUCAAGAUCAACUUCCUCUCUCCUAGCUUCAUCUCUGCGCUCCGUAACUUCGCUCCCCAUGUCAUUCAUUUGGUCGAUCCCAUCUGGCUCGGGGUACAGUCGCUCUUUGCCCUCCGCGCCCUAUUCCCCGAUACCCCGAUCGUGACCUCCCACCACACGAACCUGCCGACGUACGCUGCCAUCUUUGGAUACCCGUAUUUCCCGGCGCGGACAUGGAGUGUGCAGGCGUGGCUGCACUCUUUUGGACAAGCCGUGAUGGUGCCGAGUGCGAGUACAGGAAAGGGAUUGGAAAGUUGGGGCUAUGCCGGCGUCAGAGUCGUUGGGAGAGGUGUCGAGACGGGUAUGUUCUCACCCACGUUCCGCUCGGCUGAUCUGCGAACAUCGUGGGGCUGUACACCCUCCGUGUCAUCUUCGACCGCGGCUGAGAAGACUGUCAUCCUGUCUGUCGCGCGUAUCUCCCCGGAGAAGAACCUGUCGCUGAUCGUCGACGCGUUUGCCGCUCUUCCGCCCCGUGUGCGCCAGAACGCGAAGCUGGUGUUCGUCGGCGAUGGGCCGUACGAAGGCGUGCUCCGAACCCUGGCGGAGACUCGCGGUCUGCGUGCGGCGUGCACCAAGAAUGGCGCCGGUGGUGCGGAGGAUGCUGAUGUCAUUUUUACCGGCCAACUCACCGGCCGUGCACUGAGCGAAGCAUUUGCGAGUGCGGAUGUCAUCUGUGCUCCCUCCCUCACAGAGACUUUUGGGCAGGUGACACUGCAGGGCAUGGCAUCUGGAUUGCCUGUGGUUGGCUUGUACGCGGAGGGAACGGCCGAUGUGGUUACGCAUCUGCAAACUGGUCUCCUGCUUGACGUUUACGGGGCAGCCUCGGCGUCUUCUCCGUGGUCCCCCCUGUUCCCCUUGGACGAUGCCAAGGUGGCCCACUGGGGCAGUGCCGAUGUCCUGAUGCAAGAGGAUUCGGGUGCCCAAUCCUCCUCUGUCUACCUCGCCGGCCGCCCCUCCGUUGUCGGGCGGUUCGCAACGUUGAUGGAAGUGCUUAUCUGUGAACCGGAGAUGCGCCGAGAAAUGGGCCAGUGGGCUGCACAGGAGGCUUUGGCAUGGACCUGGGAGCGGUGCACCGGCAAAAUGGUGGAGGUCUACUUGGAGGUUGUGAAAGGAAGCAUAGCGGUCGAGGGCGGAGGUGUUUCGGUUCCCGUCGGGGAUCCACAACUGUCCUCAGCCAAGCUUGGAUCGCUGAUCCCGGGAUCCGCGCUGCCUCGUGUGUUGACCCAUCGCCGUGGAUCAAGCUCGUCCGCCUCGAGUGUGUCGUCUCUGGUAUCGCCCGUGACGCCUCCGUUUUCGGCACUUGCCUCGCCGACGACAACAUACACAUCAGCUUCCGUGUAUCCCGUCUCGCUCCCGUCACCCAGCAGCUCGACCUCCGACCUUGCGUCCCCGGCACUGACGUACGCGUCCUCGGUGCUCUCCUCACCCAGUAUUGCCUCUCCGCUCUGCUCGCCUGCGAGUGCCAUCUGGUCCCCGGCGACCGUCUUCGCGAUGGCGGGAUACAGCAUCAAAGGCAAGGGCAGGGAUCACCAGGAUCCGGCGCUCUCCGAAUUCGCGCUCCCGCCUCCCGCUUUGAGCUUGGGGCAAGCGCUUGCCCGGGUCGAGACCUCCGACUCAGCCAGGAGUGGGCUGGUCGCAUCUAAAUCCCGCCCGUCUGGGGUGCGGCGCAGCCACCUUGUAGUCGACGAUACAUGGACGCGGCUGGCGGUGGAUAUCUCCGUCGUGCUGCAGGCGCUGGUCGGUGCGACGCUGACACAUGCGGCGUACAUGCUUCCCACCAUGUCGGAUGUGUUCGGCGGCCCGCGUCGGUGAGGGAGGAUAGAUUGUGGCUGGCCGCUAGAUGGCCGCCAUUCAUGACUUUUUUCUUCCUAUCGAUGCUAAUGAACGAAUUCUUUCCCUUGCAUGCACAUCCACUCUCUGUUCCCAUGUUCCCAUGCAUCCAUGUUACAGUGGCAUAUAUUUAUAUGCGCUUUGUUGUAUCUUUAGUAGCUUUAAUGGAUUUCAAGUGUUGUAGACGCAGAA